AAAAAAAAAAUUAUUUUUUUCAAAAAAUUUUUCACUUAUUUGAUUGAAUCAAGUUGAUUUCCUAAAACAAGGAUUUUUAUAAGAUGAUCUCCCGUACUAUAAGGGCUUCCAGUGCCAAAAGAGCACUUCUUAUGGCUAGUUGUCGUGGCCAAGUUAGAUAUCUUACCAAAUCUAACUUAUCUAAGGCUACUAUGACCAAUAAUGAAAAUAAUAACGGUGGUAAUAAUAGACCAACCCCAGCACCUUCAUUUAAUCAAGAAACCCAAGACGAAAGUAUUGGUAAGAGUAUUCACUCUCACCAACCAAUCAUGGAUGAUUCCUUUAUUGGGUUAACCGGUGGGGAAAUUUUCCACGAAAUGAUGUUAAGACAUAAAGUUGAUACUGUUUUCGGUUACGCUGGUGGUGCUAUUUUACCAGUUUUCGAUGCUAUUUACAAUUCUGAAAAAUUCCAAUUUGUCUUACCAAGACAUGAACAAGGUGCUGGGCAUAUGGCUGAAGGUUAUGCUCGUGCCAGUGGUAAACCUGGGGUUGUUUUAGUUACCUCUGGUCCUGGUGCUACUAAUGUUAUAACUCCAAUGGCUGAUGCAUUAAUGGAUGGUGUUCCAUUGGUUGUUUUCAGUGGACAAGUUCCAACUACUGCCAUUGGUACUGAUGCUUUCCAAGAAGCUGAUGUUAUCGGUAUUUCAAGAUCAUGUACUAAAUGGAACGUUAUGGUUAAAAAUGUUGCAGAAUUACCAAAAAGAAUUAAUGAAGCUUUUGAAAUUGCUACUUCUGGUAGACCAGGUCCUGUUUUAGUUGAUUUACCAAAAGAUGUUACUGCAGCUAUUUUAAGAGAACCAAUUCCAAUCAAUACUACUUUACCAUCAAAUGCUUUAAGUCAAAUUACUAAAAAGGCAGCCACUGAAUUUACUAUGGAAGCAAUUAAAAGAGCUUCCAGUUUAUUAAAUAAAGCUAAGAAACCAAUUAUUUAUUGUGGUGCUGGUAUAUUAAAUAAUGAAGAUGGUCCAAAAUUAUUAAAAGAAUUGGCUGAUAAAGCAAUUAUUCCCGUUACUACUACUAUUCAAGCUUUAGGUGCAUUUGAUCAAAAUGAUGAAAAAUCUUUAGAUUUCUUAGGUAUGCAUGGUAACGCUGCUGCAAAUGUUGCAAUGCAAAAUGCUGAUUUAAUUUUAGCUUUAGGUGCAAGAUUUGAUGAUCGUGUUACUGGUAAUGUUUCAAAAUUUGCUCCUGCUGCUAAAUUAGCUGCUCAAGAAGGUAGAGGUGGUAUUAUUCACUUUGAAAUUAGUCCAAAGAAUAUUAAUAAAGUUGUUGAAGCAACUGAAGCAGUUGAAGGUGAUGUUACUUCAAAUCUUUCCAAAUUUUUACCGCUUAUUAAUCAAAUUAAAGAAAGAAAUGAUUGGAUGUCUCAAAUUAAAUUAUGGAAAGAAAAAUACCCUUAUAAUUAUAUGAAAGAAACUCCUGAUUCUAAGAUUAAACCACAAACUUUAAUCAGAGAAAUUUCUGAUCAAUCCCAAACUUAUGGUAAAGAAGUUAUUGUUACCACUGGUGUUGGUCAACAUCAAAUGUGGACUGCUCAACACUGGACUUGGACUAAGCCAAGAACCAUGAUUACCUCUGGUGGUUUAGGUACUAUGGGUUAUGGUUUACCAGCUGCUAUUGGUGCUCAAAUUGCUAAGCCUGAAGCUAUCGUUAUUGAUAUUGAUGGUGACGCUUCCUUUAGUAUGACUUUAACCGAAUUAUCUUCUGCUGUUCAAGCAAAUGCUCCAGUUAAAAUUUGUGUUUUAAAUAAUGAAGAACAAGGUAUGGUUACUCAAUGGCAAUCAUUAUUUUAUGAACAUAGAUAUUCUCAUACCCAUCAAUCAAAUCCUGAUUUCAUGAAAUUAGCUGAAGCCAUGGGCUUACAAGGUAUUAGAAUUGAAACUCAAGAUCAAUUAAAAUCUGGUGUUAAACAAUUCUUAGACGCAAAGGGCCCUGUUUUAUUAGAAGUCAUUGUUGAAAAGAAGGUCCCUGUCUUACCAAUGGUUCCAGGUGGUAAUGCAUUAGAUGAUUUCAUCCAAUUCGAUGCAGAAGUCGAAAGACAAGAAAAAGAAAUAAGAAGAGAAAGAACCGGUGGUUUACAUUAAGUAUCUCUUGAGCAUUUCACAAGUUAUUAAAAAGUUUGAUUUUCUAUUUAUCUUCAUUUUUCCCUCUAUUUAUCUUCAUUUUAUACUUUUCUCUUUUUAUCCAUGUAUAUUCUUAAAUUAUCCUUUUAUUUCAAAUUCU